AUGGCCAGUGCUAUCCCAAAGCGCCCCAUCAGUCUGGCACAAUCGGAGCACGAGGAAAACCUUGAUGGAGACCUUACUUUCGAAGAGGCAAUUGCAAACACAGACGGUUUGAAAAUUCUCCAACUCGAGAAGCCAAUGAUUGUGCACAAGCAGGUUGGUUCUGUACAGAUUGGGGACCUUCCUGCCAAAGCAGAGCUCACUGACGUCCUCAAAAAGAAAACUCAAUUUCUGGACGUUAUCAUGAACUAUGAAGGGGAAAUCGACUUGAAGCAUAUCGAAACUUUGUUUCUGCAGCAGAGGUACGCCGAUCUUCCUGACCCCAUCAAGAUCAAGGGUCGUGUAGAGGUGGCCUACAACAUGCAGUUAGUCAUCGUGCCUGCAGAGGAUGGUAAGCACAACAUCGUCAAGCACAUCAAGUUUGUAGACGGUACCAAGGUUCUCCACUCAACGAUCCUUGGCAUGUGCGUUGGCCAGCCACUGGAGCUUGAUUUCCAGAAACAUUCUCGAGAGGGUGGCAGAGCUUUUCAGUACAUGCUGGAGGGCUUGGGUGGAUUUCAGAUCAGGUGCCAGAAACUCAUCCCAGCAGGUGCCUCCAACAAAGUCCCUAAAGAGACGGAGGACAUUCGAGCUGGUUUUGAGUUCAUCCGCAAGCAUGGGCCCCAGGACAACUCACUUGGGGAGUUUACAACCUGGACUGAGGAACAGGUCAACGAUCCCAACGGUCCCCUGCGCAAGUGGGAUCGUGGAGUUAUUAAGGAAUACUUGAGGUGCCUGGCCGACAGCGGAUCCCAAGCCAACACUAUCUCUGAUUGGCCUUUGACACUGAAAAGCUUGACCCCAUGGGCUCUGAACCAUGUGGUUGGUCCGGUCCUCCCACACCUGAAGAACCACGCAGUGGUAUGGAUAGGCCGAUCAGAAGUAGGGAAGAGUCCAGUGUCCUACACUGUCUCGGCCAUUGUGUCUGCGUACUGGCUUCUUCAAGAGGAUAGAACUGAUCAGCCACCCAUGUUCCAAACUAGCAACCACCUGGACUACUUCAGGAAAGAGAAGGGCAGGGUCACCAAGCCCAGGGUCUUUGAUGAUGGGAAUCUUAACAUGGAGAUGCCCGCAUCUGUCAAGGCAGUCACGGAGGUAUCUGGCAUCGACAGGAAGACCAUGGCGCGAUGGAAUGCUUCAUCAUAUGCGAAAAAUCAGUUGUGUCAGGUCUGCUCAAAUCCUUUCGAUGACACCGCAGAGCCUCCGAUGUCCAACAAUGCUGUCAGUGACGAAGUGAAUUUUGAGGACUUCUACAAGCUCGUUAGGCCAUCGUUUCAUCGUGAUUUCAACAGAGAGGAUUUGAUGGGUGUCUUCAAGCGCUCCGUGUUCGUCGUGUUCACCAAUAAAGGCAUCUAUUUGCGGUUGCCAGGUACCGACACCAAUCCCGUCAAACGCAUCUCCUGGCCUUGUGUGGACACUGGCAUGAUCUCUCAUUCUGCGCGACCUACCUAUGGCGCAUAUUUGAAAGGAGAACUUACCAAUCGACCUUCCUCCUAUGACCAGGACCUGCAAUGGAGCCUUAACCUCCUCCAAUCUGCCUUCGAUGGUGACAAUGUACCCAUGUGCUCAACUGUUGAAGGACGUGAACUCCUGAGUGGCCGCAAGUUCAUCAAGGAGAUCAGGCCUACCCUCGCUGGCAUCUCGGGCACCACCACCUAUUAUCCAGAUGAAUCUGAACUCCCUGAUGAAGAGCGUCCAGUCAAAAAGCUGAAGUCCGUCAAGUCCUCGACUGCUCUCUUGGGCAAUGUCUCCGUCAAGAAGGAACAAGUCGAAGCCACCGGCGCCUUCCCGAAGUUGAGCAGCACUAGAUCUCUUCGAAUCAACAUCUCGGACGUCACUAACGCAGAGGGCCAACUCUCACUGAGCCAGGAACUUGAGCGCGUGAUGGACGAGGCAGAUCUCGAUGAGUGA